AUGUUUCCCACCAACCCAAAUCUACCCUGCCUCAGUGUCGGUUGCAGUUCAAACACCCACCAGAUUCUGCUUUUAACUGUUUCCCAACUGAUUCUCGUGAUUCCUUUGCACACUGGCUUCUUUCUUCCUGUUUUCCAUUUGUCAAUUAAUCGUUUUGUAUUAUCUAUCUAUCUAUCUAUCUAUCUAUCUAUCUAUCUAUCUAUCUGUUCUUAUCUAUUUUUGCCUGCUCAUAUAUCUAUCUAUCUAAAAUAUAGCAAAGACUAUAACCGAACACAUUUAUUCACGUGCAAGUUGAUUGACAUUCAUAUCCACCCAUACCGCUUCAAAUAUAGACAGACUUUAACUGGAAUGGCUUUCGUCUCUAGAUGGGCAGUUUUUCUUCCUUUCUUUUUAUUUUUUUUUUUAUAUCUAUCUAUCUAUCUAUCUAUCUAUCUAUCUAUCUAUCUAUCUAUCUAUCUAUCUAUCUAUUUCAAUCAGUUCCUACCUGUCUGUCUGUCUAUCUAUCUAUCUAUCUCAGCCUAUCCAUAUCCAUCUAUUUCAGUCUGUUCCUAUCUAUCUAUCUAUCUACAUAGUAUAGUCUAUUCCUAUCUAUCUAUCUAUCGGUCUCAGCCUAUUCAUAUCUAUCUAUCUUUUCUGUGGGGAAAAGGUGUUCUUUGUUAA